GGGGAAGUAGCUGUCAUCUAUCUACUACCAGCACAGCAGCGCAAACUCCUAUUGGUUCGCCCGGCGUUACGUCAGAUCCAGCUGUCGCCCUCGCGGUCUGUGAUUGGCCGCCGCCUGUUGCCAUGGUUUCUGCGGCCUGUUGGUUCCCCCGCAGCCUGCAGUGGAGCGGAUGGAGCAGGAGGAGCAGGCUCAGGGCUCUGUUCCCUCCGAGCUGCGGCCGGGGGGAGCGGGCGGGGAGCUCUGCCUGUCCGUGGUGCCCGAGCUGCUCAGAGUGCUCUGGGGAGAGGCGGAGAAGCCGCGGAGAAGUCCUGGGGGUCGAGUUAAGACUCAUCGCCUUCACCGACACCGACCGUGCCCGCUGGGGAGAGAGACCUACGGUAAGCCAGACCGGUGCGGGGUACAGAACUUAUUAUAAAAGAGGUAGAGGCCACCAGCAAUAACUGUUAUUGUUACUGUGGACAAUUUCCUUUAAAGGGACAAUUUAGGCACCACAACAACAUCAUCUAAAUGAAGUUGUUAUGGUGCCAAGAGACCCCUGUGUGCAUUCUUAUCUUCUUUCCCAGCCAGUUUUGUGAAUGGGGAGUACUGAUUGGCCGAGGCUGGCCACUGUCAGGCAAUCAGCGGUGCCCCGGCUAUGCGGCACUCUGCGCUUCCUGAAAGUGACAUUUCAGAAUCCGAAUGCCACGGGGCGGGGUAAGAUCGAUGCUGGAGUCAACUUCGGGGUUAAACCGUUCGAGAAAGAUUUAAUCCCUGAAGGUAAGAAUGCGCCCUGGGGCCUUUUGGCACCAUAACAACUUAAUUUAGAUUAAGUUGUUUUGGCGCUUGAUGUGUUCCUUUAAUAUCCAGUGUUGUAAUAAGGAGGCUAUGCUGGGUGCGCAUAAUGGGACAAGGGAUAAAGUUUUAAAACUUGCUAAUUAGGGUUGGGAACCUUCAGCACUCCAGCUGUGGGCUAGAUCUCCCCUGAUACUUUGCCUGCAUUAUGGCUGUAAGAACAUUAUGGGAAAUACAGUACACAACAUCUGGGCUGCUAAAGGCUGGCUACCCCUGAGUUAGGGUUACCAGAUCCACCACGUCUUCCUGGACACUAUAUUUAUUUGUUGCGCAGAGGUUUAUUGGAUAUGUAGGUCAGCUCAGUGAAACUGCAGAAUUAGCUGAGAGCAGCCAUAUUGUGCUGCUGCUUACCGUUGUGGCUUAGAAGGAGGUGGGUUUUAUUUUUCUGCUGUUCAUGUUCAGCAGAAAAAAUAACAGCAUUUGAAUAACAACAAAGAUUUAAAAAGCCAUCACCAUCACAUUGUGUAAUAUAGCUGCAGGAAUUUUGAAAAACAAUUUUGCAAGGAAACUGGGAUCAGGAAAAUCUAUACUCUAAACAUGUGCAAUGAACAUAAGUCAUAAGUGCUCAGUGUACCUUUACAUUGUUUUACAUUCAGGAUAUAGUUACAGGUGCACAAGCAUUUACAGGAAGUUCACCACAUACAGUAUUCUUGCUGCUCAAAGAAGGGAAGUAGAUCACUACUUUUAUUCUUAAACGGAUAAAAUCUUAGAUUGUGUAUGCAAGUACAGAGUACUUUGUAAACAUCUAGGUUUGACACUUGAGGCAAAAUAAUCAUUUUAGCUUAUUGACGUGGUUAUGGUUCCAGGGUACUGUUCGGGAAGUGUUUUAAUGAAUUCUCAGACUGACAUAAUGUUUUUUUUGUUUUUUUAAAGGGAAGCUCAUUCCUAAACCGAAAAGCAUUAUUUGUCAUAAAGCCAGGAAUUACACUUUUUGGCCCGCAUAACAACUUCUAUUAAUAAGUUGGUUUGUCAAUGUGGAAAGGAGGAACUUGCAUGUGCUGCUCCCUGGGAGCAAGCUCAAGUUCAAAACCUGUAUCUGUAAUGAUUGGUGCUGUGCAUGGUAAUGUGUAUCUAGGAUCCGUUAUCACAUGACAGGUCACUUGUUGGACUUGUCAGGGAGCAAGCUGUUCCUUAAAAACCUAUUUUUGUCAGUUUGAGAAAUUAAACAAAUGGCAGCAGAAACAGUACCUUGGCACAAUAACCAGUUCAAGCAGUGCGAUAUGUGGGAGGAGCUAUUCCAUGAAAGACUGUAAAAUAUACCUUUUAUUUCUCUUUUACUGAUGAAGGGUGGGAUUGAUUCAGAGCCAGUGUAUGACAAAUUAUGUAAACUACAUAACAAUGUAGUGUUUAACUUUAGAUUUCCAUUUCUUCACUAACAUUAACUUAAUUGUGUAAAAUAAUUAAUAAAAAUUGAUUGAAAAAGUUUACAAAAUUAGUUUUUAGUAUUUUUAUUUUCCGUUUGUAGCUAAUAUAUGGUUCUAUUCACCAAGCCACAGUGACCUAAGAGCAUUCCUGAAUCAUUCAAAAAUCAUCUCUGGCAUGCACAAGAAAAAAGUACAUUGCAUUGAAAGUCUCUAAGAGGGGAUUCUGUGCACAAUCUCACUUGAGUUGAGUUUGCCUUGAUUUAAGCCCCUCAACCAGUUCCACAUUGAUGUCAGUAAAGGAUUAUUUUAGGAGUACAAAACCAACCACUCUGACUCAUUGUCGAGCCGCAAGUCAAGCUAUUGGUGAAUUGACCCAUUUCGGUCAUAAGUAAAUUAUUGGGCCUAUUCAGAGCUAUGGGUAAUGACCUUCCGAGGAAAUAUUAUCCUUCAUGCUUUACAAAUAGCUAUAUUAAAACUGCUCUUUGUAAUUUCAUAUGGUAAGAUGUUCCACAUGUGAAGUAAAGCUAUUGAGUAAGCAGUAUGUGCAAAACACCAGGUUAUUUGCUUCUGGAUAGACCACAUCUCUUGCCUUGCCUUGGAAGUGCUGAUGGCACAGAAUGUUUGUGUUAAGUUUAUCCAACAUUGUAUAACAAAAUGUUUUCUUAAUUUGCAGCUCUAAAGAAGUUACGAGAAGCGGCAAAUGGCAAUGACCUUGACACAGGUAUGUAUUGUAUGAUUUUGAUAUUGGAUGUGAUACUCGACAGAUGAUGAUGUAAGCACUAAUCUCACUCUUGUUUUCACUUUCAGUCCAGCGUUUGCUUGAUGAGGGAGCAGAUCCCUGUGCUGCAGAUGACAAAGGGCGAACAGCGCUUCAUUUCGCAUCUUGCAAUGGAAAUGAUCAGAUAGGUAAGAAGAACUUUGGGGAAGUUUAAGUUUUAUGUAAACAAGGAAAUGUACCACCUAAAUAUUGAUAUAUAUAUUCUGUUUUGUGUCUGGUAUGCAGAAGCCAUGUCACAACAUGUAUUUAUAUAUCUUUUGCCUAUUGCAUAGCUGUACAUGGUCAUGCUUUUAGUGAUCAUUUAAAAUGUAUUAAAAGAUUAUGCAAUCAUAGUUGGAAUGAUCGUGCAUGACUGUUUCUGUUACUUUUUGUUGUAAACAUUGCCUUCUCAGAGAAAAGGCAGUGUUUAGAUUACAGCAUAAGAACACUUCCAAUGGCCACUCCUCAGAUGGCAACUAGAGGUGCUUCCUGGGUCAGUGUUGCACAGUAUGCAGCACGGACGUUCAGCGUCUACACGCUCUGCAUGGAGACACCGAACUUUCCUCAUAGAGAUACAUUGAUUCAAUGCAUCUCUAUGAUGAGAUGCUGAAUGGCUAGGGUAGCACUUGGCUCUGCCCCUGCCUCCUUGGCUGAGAUCAUCAGAAUCUCAGAAUUUUCCUAUGGCAAAGCAUUGUGAUUGACUGUGAUCAUCACUUCUACGAUGUCAGCCAAGGAGGCGUAUCAGGCGCUGGAAAAAGGUAAGAUUUUACUAUAUUUGGGGGGGAGGGCCUAAAUAGUGGUUUUAAUACUAUAGGGUCAGGAAUUCACAUUUGUGUUCCUCAUGCUAUAGUGUUCCUUUAAUAUUAACAAAUUGAUAUGGCCUGCUAGCGUACCAUUUAAUUCACUUUAUGAAGUAAAGAAAGACAUAAUGUACAAAAAAAAAAAAAAUAGAAGAUAAUGUAUAAUUCUGAUAAAGAUUUUGAAAGCAACCUAUUUCAUACUUUCUUUUCAGUAAGUUUGCUUCUAGACCAUGGUGCUGACCCAAACCAGAGAGAUGGACUGGGGAACACACCUUUGCACUUGGGUAUGUCAGAAUUUUUAUGACCUCAGUAACUAAACUAUGGAAAGUAAACACUUGAACGUUAAUCAUAAAUAUAUUUAUUAUUAAAGGUUGGAGUUUUUGGUUUACAUUUUUUUUCACUCUCCUAUAUUCUGUUUUUUUUUUUUUUUUUUUUUUUUUUUUUUUUUUUUUUCAAAUUGGUAGCAAAUGUAUAUUUAAAUGAUGAGAAAAGCUAUAAAGAUUACACAUUUGGAAUCCAUAGUGCAGGCGCAUUAUAUCUUAAGUGACAAGGUGACAUUCUACAACUUCUAGUGUGCAUUUGCCAUCUAGACAUUUUGGAGAACACAUUUAACGAUUGGGAGGAACAUUGAUUCCUGUCAGUAGGUGAAAGAAGCAGUUUACAAGUAUAUGCUUUAAUUUCUCAAUUUUCUAGUGAUUUCUGCAGUAUAUUGUGUUGAUUAAAUCAAUAUCCAUUUGAAAAUCCAAGAAUGUUAGUUUUCAUUAGUCACUCGUAUUUCUUUUCAAUCAUUACAAAUAAGAUCUGAGGUUGAUUUUUGUUUUAACUUCUCAACUCCUCUUGUUCCCCUUAGCUGCUUGUACAAGUCAUGUGCCAGUCAUUACAACUCUGCUUCGUAGAGGUAAUAAUAUAUUUUAUAUUAACAAAGCUCUAAUGAUUUUUUUUAAAUUGGUCAUCAGCAUUGUGGGUGUUGUAAUGUUGCAGCAGUUUAUCUAUUUUCUGCACAAACAACAUACUUUUUCAAUUUAUUUAUUUUUUACAAGGCCAUUUAUACACUUUAAAAAAAGCAACUUUGCAAAAUGAAACAGAAAUAUAGAAAUGUAAACUAUGGUACAGUAACUGGUUUUAAUCACUAACAAAUCAUGCAUCAGAGCUCAGGGAUACAACACAUAUGUUGUCUUCUAUAUUACAUUUAACUGUGCUUGGGUAGCAACCUGAGGGGUAGGCAUGGACAAAAGUGGGAGAGGCCAGAAUGAUAAGCAUGUGUAAACUGUGUAGGUCAUCUGGUUUGGGAGGUGGGAAUUGUAGAUAAUGGGAGUUUUUUGAUUUAAUAAUUUUUUUUCUUUAAGGUGCCAGAGUGGAUGCUUUAGACAGAGCAGGCAGAACCCCACUACAUCUAGCCAAGUCCAAGCUGAAUAUCCUACAAGAUGGGAAGUCACAAACUUUGGAAUCCUUGAGGCUAGAAGUAAAACAGGUGGGUAAAUUAUUGCUUUUUGGCAACAUACUGUCAUACUAUGAAGCCUACUCUGUGAAUGGUGAUUUUGACAGGAAAAUAUAGAUUUCAAGUGGAUAAAGUAUCAGGUGCUUCUUUUUAACAUGUAUACACAAGGCGGUGCGUGUCAUUCUGUCAUUUACAAAACAUUAUAGUAUAGGGUCCGGUUAAUGGUCAAAGUGCCUCCUUUUGGAUCCUAUAGAAUAUCCUGCUCAAUGUGUUUAUUAACUAAAUAAAAAUAAAACCGCUAAACAUUUUAAUUACACUUUUUUUCAGUUGAGUGAUUACAUGAAGGAAAAUAAGUGUUUGUAGCAGCUAUAAAAUACUUUGCACUUUUAUAAUCACACACAUUUAACAUACCUUUUUAUAUUCACCGUUAAAUAUUAGGCCAAAAUAUCCAAGCUGAAACAGUUGUUCCCCCCCCCCACCCCCUCUUUUCUAACAAAUAACAAUGGGAAAUUUAAUAUAAUAGAAAGUGUAUCCAAUGUUCAUAGAAACUUGGACCAGAAGGAGAGCAAUAUUACUUAAGAUACUUUUGCAUUUAUUGUAUUAUUUACACCAUGUUAAACUUAAAUAUUAAACAUAUUUCAAUGUGAAGUUUAGAAAUGGAAUUUAAUAGCAGCUGCGUUCCGCACAAUCCAUACCUUUCUUUCUCAGGCAUGACGUUCCAAGUGCUCUUUUUAUUCCUCACAUUUUUAAAUUUCCUGCUCCCUCUGCUGGGUUAGAUGAAGCUGAUUAUCCUACCCUAUUUUUUUUUGUUGCUAGAGAAAUGCUUGGGUUUGUUGUUUUCCCCUGUGACCAGGCCUACCCUAUAAUGUGUAUUUCAGUAAUUCACCAUGCCCACUCUCAUACUCCUGAAAUAAUACACCCAAAAGGCUGAACUUGAAGUAUUUUUCAAAAUAUAUUACGUUACCUGUCCUAAAACUGAUGCACAUUUUAUUUUUUUUGUCUUUAACCCAAUUUCCAUCUUUCUCUCAUUUUACCCACUUACUUCCUUCAUUGCAGUAAUUCUUACCUACUCCCUCAUCUUUACUUCAUAUACAUGCAGUUACUUCCUUUUGGCCUUUUUUGAGGAUUCCAUUUUCAUUGCAAAAAUCCUCUUCAACCUUUUUGGUCUUCCCCCUUAAAGAAAACAAAAACUCCACUGGUGUCUAGUCAACUAAUAUACUCCUCAAGCCCCACCCCAACCCUCUCCUCCCCAAUCGCAAAUGAGGAACCUACCACUUGUCCAUUAUGAUAGUACUCAUGUGAUUAGUUACUCAUCACCUGAUUCUGUUAAAUGCAAUCUAAUUACCAUUGCAAUUAUUAGAUCAUCCAAAUGUUGCGGGAGUACCUGGAAAAGUUGGGGCAGCAGGAACAGACAGAACAGCUGGACCAGAUCUGUUCUAGACUGCAAAGAACUAGCACAAAAGAGCAGGUAAUUUCCUGAAAAACCACUGUAUAUGAAUUAAAUGUAUUGGAGCCUCAAUUUAAAUAUUUUUGGAUAAGCUUUUAAAAUUAUUUUAAAUGUUAAAUUGAGGGCUAAGUCAGGUCUGUGAUGUUGUGUUGGAUUUUUAUUUUAUUUUAUAUAAUAUAUAUAAUAUAUAUAUAUAUAUAUAUAUAUAUAUAUAUAUAUAUAUUAUAGUUAAUACAACGUUAAACAAAAAUCUGCACACCAGUCAAGUCAUAAGACUUGCUUUUCCCACAGAAAUCCCAAAUCUGCAGUGAUGUUACAACCGCAAAGUAUUCUGGGUGGGCAUAUGCAAAUUAGUUUAUCAAAGAAUCCAUUUUUGCCUCAUUCCAUUUUAAACCUGGAUUCCUUUUAAUCUGUGUUUGCUGUAUACAACUGCUUGGAACACAAUUUAGGAAAAGAUGCAAAACCAGUGAACCACUCAUGGACAGCUGUUUCGUUGUAAAUGCAACUCAUCAGCAUGAGGUUGGUUACUGGUUUGCUUAUUGAGGCUUGGUAGUGCUUGGGAAGCAAAAUCCAAAUCGGUUAUGGUGGGGAAAAAUUGUGAUUGAAAACCCCUUCCACCUGAAGUCUGUGGAUAACAACAUAAAUGUUAAACAAAAAUUCGCACACCAGUCAAGCCAUAAGACUUUGCUUUUCCCACAGAAAUCCCAAAAUCUUGCAGUGAUGUUAAGCAAAAUGUGCUAAAGACUUGGUGUGUGUGUGUGUGUGUGUGUGUGUGUGUGUAUAUAUAUAUAUAUAUAUAUAUAUAUAUAUAUAUAUAUAUAUAUAUAUAUACAUACAUAUUAUGCAUAACAAUUCUAUACAUAUCUGAUGCUGCAUCCUUCUUUACUGCUGGCAGUUUACUGGACCUGCUGCACAUUAAUCCAGGUAUAUUGACAUGUCUGCUAACAGGACACCUGACUGCCACAGUGCUAUGCGCUAAUGAAAAGCAGAGACGUGUAAGUGCCCCCCAACUUGCACAAGUGAAUUUCUGCUACCCCACUAAAUAGAGGAAGAAAUAAUAAAAAAAUAAAAAAAAUGUUAAACCUGAAUGAGUUUACAUAUAUAGCUUUAAUAUGUGAUAGGACAUACAUUGUAAGCAGUAUAAAGAUCUUCUUGCCUUUUCUGCUUUUUGCCCAUUAGGUUGAUGAAGUGACUGAGCUUCUUGCUAGCUUCACAUCUCUCAGCCUCCAGAUACAGAAGAUGGAGAGCAGGUAGCUAGAGGUGCUGGGUUCCACCAUUACUGCUCAAUCACAGCCAUGAGACUGUACUGUGUUCCGUACCCUUUUAAGAUUAAACUAUUUGUUGCAAGAAAUGUUACAACCUAAUUCCAUGUACAAGAAGUGUUUGUUUGUUUCAUGUCAUCUCAAGUUAGCCAACCAUGCUGCAUUCAGUAAACUGACCCUUGCAAACGCUUAGCUUGGUUUUCAAACACUCUUCUGUACAGAGACAUGUGCUGAUUGCACAUACAUUACUAGAGAUGGAUAAUCAUUAGCACCAUCUGUAAAAUAAGUUUUCCUGAACCAAGACUAAGAAGAUGAUAAUAUUGACUUUCUUGGAAAUCUAAGAACCUAAAAGUAGAUGACAUGCAAGGAAAUGUCUUAGUUGACAAGAAAGCAAUUAUGUUCCCUCAUUACAUUUUUUUUAUUUUUAUUUUAUUAUCAAAGCUGGAAAGAAUUUCCAAUUAUAAGUGAAUGUAGUGUGUGUUACUAUUACAGUCUGCUGUUCACAUUUCAUAUCCCUUGAUGAAUUGAGACUACCAAUUUGUUACAUAUUAUGUAUGUAUUUUGUUGUCCUGUGCUUGUGUUGGGUCUAGGUUUUGUGUGAGAAACCUGUGUUAAAGUUGUAUGGUCCUUUGGAAACUCACCUCCAGAAUUUAUUUUAUACUCUUUGCACAUUCCAGGUCUUCUGUUUUGUUUCUACCUUUUAUUUUUUUUUACUAAAUUACCUACGCAUACAAAUAUGUUCUACAACGGCAAGUAAAGUGUUUUUUUUUUUUUUUAAAUUGUAUUUUGUGUAUAUAAUAUAGUAGUCCAUGUUGAGUAAUGUGUUUUUGGAAAAUAUGUUUAACUUGCAGCUAAUGUUUGAUUUAAAAUGUGAAUUCAAGUUAAAAAUAUAUAUGUGCAAAUGGCUUUGAAAUUCAUUUUGUUAUGAAUUGCUAGUUUUGUCAAGUGCUGUUGCAUGUGAGGUCAUAGCAAUUGUUUCAUGUGUUUUGAAUUAAAUUUCUUUUUUUGUGACCUUGUUAAAGCUUUUCCAUUUGAUACACAACAUUUGUCAUAGUUUUCUUUAGUGUGUGGGAUAAAUACCACAGCAAGUACUCUGUAUACAUGUGUCAGAAGAAAAGUAGUUUGAAGAAAUGGCCCAGGAAUAAAAAUACUUUUUUUUAAAGUUUUUUUUUUAAAAAACAUUUUUAUUUUCCAAUGUGCUCGUAAUCUUUAAUAGAUGUGUUAGAGGGACAUUUGCAACACUCAUUUGCCAAUGUGUACCUCUAAAGUCAGCUUGUUACACAAAGCGUAAAAUGUUUUUUGACAUUUGUUUUUAACUUUGAUUUAUCAAAUAAAAUAAAAAAAUAAGUAGUUUCAGUUGUCUCUCUUGCAGACAAUUACCAAUGCGUAUACAGCCACUGCUUUUGCAAUUGGCUUUGUGCAAUCCCUUGCCUGUUUUGUACUUCAUUGUGUUCAAAUUUUGUAGGUUUUGUUGGUUAAUGUUGAAGGAGAACAUGACUUUUGAGCAUGAAUUCUGGAAUCAUGCACAGUGCCACGUUAUACUCGUAGAAAAUUAUGUACGGCUUCUACAAAAGAAAUGCACCCAGUUUAGAAAUGCUGCACUCUGAAGCUAAAGGCACUAGUAGAGCAGUCUUUUGGCAAAUGUUGGAAAAGGUGACAGAUUCUAAUGGUUCAAAUGGAUGUUUUUGAAGAGCAGAAAGAAGCACUGGUAGAUCCCAUGGUGGGCAAAAGGAUUUCCUAGGGGGGUGUAAAAGUAGAACUCCUCUGAGGAAUUGUAUAACAUCUGUAUCCUAUACCUAUUUUACACUGUGCAGAGCCAAAAGUGCUGAAAUGUGAACUUUAAAUGUAAUAAAGCUUAAACCCUUUUCGUGCAGAAAAUGAAAUUCAUCCGAGGAAGAAAGAGUGGAAGCAGUCCAGUCUCAGAAGAUAGCUGUAGUAAUAACAAAUCAGAGAAUGUGAGGGAACAAUCAAAGGAGCUGUUUAAUUUUUUUUGAGACUUAAAAACGUUUUGACGACUCAUUUAAUUAUAUUUAAAUCUAGUUUAAACAACAUGAUCAAGAUAUUAUUUAAUUCAUAUAGAAUAAAUAAACCGCUUUCUAAAGCUUUGCUAUUAAGCAAAAUGUACAAUAAAGAAAAAAUAGCUAUAGCUGCCUGGAAGGUAGAACUAAACAUAGACAUAGAUAUCAAGCACUGGGGUUGUUCACUGGAGGAAGUUUCGAAGACUAUACAUUCUCUAAAUUUACUAGAAACCCACUUUAAGGUUUUAAAUAGAUGGUACUUAGUACCAGACAAAUUGAACAAAAUGUAUCCCACAAUAAAUCAAAAUGUGGGAGAUGCGGCUUAGCUACAGGUACUUUUAAGCAUAUAUGGUGGGAGUGCCACAAGUUGAACAACUUGUGGUCUAAAAUCCAAAGGUUUAUACCUGUAGAUCUGAACCUUGGGUUGAGGCUCUCCCCAGAGAUCGUCCUGCUUCAUUUAAAUUGGCCGGCAAUGACAUAUGAGUUGAAAAUUAUUCUUACUCAUCUUUUCUUAGCUGCCAAAAUUGUGAUUGCAAGAAGUUGGAAAAAUUAUAUAGACGUCCCUUGGGAUCAAGUUAGAGCCCAGCUUAAGUUCCAGAUCAAAAUGGAAUUAAUGCUGAAUAAACAAAAAUUAAGUAAAAAAGUAACUGUUUGGAUGAAGUGUUGGGAGCGGAUAAAUAAAUAGAGAUUCUAGUAAAUAAAGCGUCUGUCAAAACUAAUUUCUUUAUAAAUUUAAAGUGAAACAUUGCUAGAACGUUUAUAUCUUGGAUAAUAUAAGAUACAUAGUCUUGCUCGACCUGCAUCUUCUCCUUCCCCCCGACAAACAGAUUUAGCUUAUUUUUUCCUAUUUUUUUUUUUUUCUCCCCUGUUGCAUUGUCUUGUAUUUGUAGAUAAGUUAAAUGUAUUGUGUUGUUUUUGGUCAGUGAAAUGUGUAAGGAAAAUUUACACUGCUAUAUUCCUCAAAUUGAAGAAAUGUUUCCUACCAUUAGUAUGUAAAUUAUUGUUCUGUAUUGUCUCUUAUGGAAAGAUUUUCAAAUAAAAAUCAUAUAAGAAAAAAACAAAUCAGAGAAUGCCAUCUUCAUCAGUCAUGCCCACUUUAAUCUCC